GGAGGUUGAGCCGCCGUGGGUAGGGUUAGUGUGAGAGGUGCGGCGGGGGAGUUCUCCAGAAUACACAUCAUAUAGCCCCUGAGGUGGAAUGGUGAUGAUUCCAUGAGGGAACCUCCUCCUACUCAUCCUGUCAUGUGUGUCAUACUGUUCUUGACUGGGCCAUUCAUCUAAGAUGGGAUUUACCCUGUGAGACAGGGAGAAGACUUAUGGACCCCAAACAUCAUUUCAAGUUGUAGUUGAGUUUUUUUUUAAGUACAGACAUACAUGCAAAGCUCCUUUGCUUUGGACCCUCUGCUUUGUUAAAGCUGCUGUGUUGCUCACCCAGAACUGCUUUACUGUUUUGACUGAUCAUCAUGGCUUCAGUUUGGAAGAGACUGCAGCGUGUGGGAAAACAUGCAUCCAAGUUCCAGUUUGUGGCCUCCUACCAGGAGCUGAUGGUUGAAUGUACCAAGAAAUGGCAACCAGAUAAACUGGUGGUAGUCUGGACAAGAAGAAGCCGAAGGAAGUCUUCCAAGGCUCAUAGCUGGCAGCCUGGAAUAAAAAAUCCAUACCGUGGUGUUGUAGUGUGGCCUGUUCCUGAAAACAUUGAAAUCACUGUGACACUUUUCAAGGAUCCUCAUGCAGAGGAAUUUGAAGAUAAAGAGUGGACAUUUGUCAUAGAAAAUGAAUCCCCUUCUGGUCGAAGGAAAGCUCUUGCUACUAGCAGCAUCAACAUGAAACAGUAUGCAAGCCCAAUGCCAACUCAGACUGACGUCAAGUUAAAAUUCAAGCCAUUGUCUAAAAAAGUUGUAUCUGCCACUCUUCAGUUUUCAUUAUCUUGCAUUUUCCUUCGGGAAGGAAAAGCCACGGAUGAAGACAUGCAAAGUUUGGCUAGUUUGAUGAGUAUGAAGCAGGCUGAUAUUGGCAAUUUAGAUGACUUUGAAGAAGAUAAUGAAGAAGAUGAUGAGAACCGAGUGAACCAAGAAGAAAAGGCAGCAAAAAUUACAGAAAUUGUAAACCAAUUGAAUGCUCUGAGCAGCUUAGAUGAAGAUCAAGAUGACUGCAUAAAGCAAGCAAAUAAGCCUUCAGCUAAAUCAGCCAGUUCCUCUGAAGAGCUUAUCAACAAACUUAACUUUUUGGACGAAGCAGAAAAGGACUUGGCCACUGUGAAUUUAAAUCCAUUUGGUGAUCCUGAUGUAGCAGAAUUAAAUCCGUUUGGAGAUCCUGAUUCAGAAGAACAAAUCUCUGAAACAGUUUCACCUAAAAAACCAGAAGAAUCUUUUUAUAAUAACAGCUAUAAUCCCUUUAAAGAGGUACAGACUCCACAGUAUUUGAACCCAUUCGAUGAGCCAGAAACCUUUGUAACUAUAAAGGAUUCUCCUCCCCAGCCUACAAAAAGAAAAAAUUUAAGACCAGUGGACAUGAGCAAGUAUCUCUAUGCUGAUAGUUCCAGAACUGAAGAAGAGGAGUUGGAUGA